GUCCUAUCACCUAAUGUAUUAUCCCAUCAUCAAUCCUUUCUUUUGGCUCCUUCAUGCCUCCCCUCCUUCCCUCUCUUGUAACCUUACUCCAUGGUUUGUAGUCUAUUCAACUCUUGCAUGCGCCACGGCCCACUUCGCCAUAAAACUGAAAGAAAAAAAACAAAACCAAGUUGCUAGCUUGCUACGACCAUAAACACAGAGACAAGGCACACUAGACAGGGAGCAACACUAGCCCAGAUGGCAUUAAAGGAUCCUUAAAUGAUCCCAACUUCAUAUAACCAACAGGAAUGAUGAGAUGAAGGAGAGACAACGUUGGCAACCAGAAGAAGAUGCUAUCCUAAGAGCCUAUGUUAAGCAAUAUGGUCCGAAAGAAUGGAAUCUCAUCUCUCAACGUGUGGAAGCUAGUGGCAAAACCCUUAACAGAGACCCAAAAUCCUGCCUUGAACGCUGGAAAAACUACCUCAAACCAGGCAUCAAGAAGGGAUGUCUGACCCCAGAAGAGCAAGCCCUUGUCAUUUCUCUCCAGGCCAAGUACGGUAACAAGUGGAAAAAGAUUGCUAGUGAAGUCCCUGGCCGUACAGCAAAGAGGCUUAGCAAGUGGUGGGAGGUUUUUAAAGAGAAGCAAUCAAAGUCCAAGUCUUUAUUGCACCAUCACCAUAAUACACAAUACUCCAAUCAGCACCACCAACGAGAAGGGAAUAUUCCGGCCACCGGAGAUAAAACUUCUUCUCAAGGAAAAUACGACCACAUCUUGGAGACCUUUGCUGAGAAGUACGUGCAACCGAAGAUCCUCAACCAGGUUCCAUCUUUUCCCUGUAGUUUAUCCGCUAUGAUGCCUCCCAUGCCCGACCCUGACCCGGUUCUCUCCCUCGGGUCUGUUUGGAUGAACCCCGGUUCAAACUUGUCAUCUUCAACUAGCACCACAGUUUCAGCAACACCAUCCCCAUCAGUGAGCUUGUCAUUAUCUCCUUCUGAUCCGGGGCUUGACCCGAGCUUGACCCGGAUCAUACCGGGUCAGCAAAUGGGUACUUUGGUUCAGUAUUGCAAGGAGCUCGAGGAGGGGAGGCAAAACUGGCUGCAGCAUAAGAAGGAGGCAACAUGGAGGCUUAGUAGACUAGAGCAGCAGUUAGAGUCAGAGAAAGCAAGGAAGAGAAGGGAGAAAAUGGAGGAGAUCGAGGCAAAGAUAAGGUGUUUGAGAGAGGAAGAGGUGAGCUUUAUGAGUAAGAUCGAGAGCGAGUAUAAAGAGCAGUUAAGUGCAUUGCAUAGAGACGCUGAAAGUAAAGAGGCAAAACUUGUGGAAGCUUGGAGCAGCAAGCAUGCCAGGUUUGCCAAGCUUGUUGAGCAAAUUGGGGUGCAUUUUGGUGGCGGUGGCGGUCAUGGGGUUUAAUGCAGCCAUGGAUUAGCAUUGUAAUUGAACUGAUCAUGUCAUGAUCCAUGAUGAUCAGCAUAUAUUUAUAUAUCAUUAUUGAUGACAUUGUUGAGUUGAUUAAUUUAAUUUAAUGUUGGAGGAAUGUCGUGCUAAUAUUAUUGUGUUAAUGUUCGGGUUUGGGGAUUGUAAUUGUUUGAGCUUUGAACCCAUCAUAUAUAUAUAUAUAUAAAAUAAUUAGUAAUUUCAUUA